AUGCUCGCUGGCGGGACUGGCGCCGCCGGUCGGGGACUCGGAGGCGCCGCCGCAAUGCUGAAUCUGGUGAGGCAGUUCUCGAGGAAGUGUCAGAGGAACCUGAAGAAGAUCGACCCCAAGGUUCCGAGGGAGGAGGCCGUCACCAUCUCCGGCGAGCUGUACCGAAUCAUCAAGGAGCACGGCCCCUUGACCGUCUCCAAUACCUGGAACCAUGCAAAGGUAUGCAAAAUCCCGAUCGUAGUCUUGUCCUGCAUAUCUGGUUGGCAUGAGCAAGAGAUUCCCGGUGUACCUUUGUGCUCAUGCUUUGCCUGGAAACUUUUGGGUUAGUCAGCCAGGAAAUGUGAAUGAGGAUGAUCCGCGUGAGAGUGGUGGGAAUCUGUCGUCUACGGAUAGAUCAUGUACUGAAUUCAUGUGAUCUCCGGUGACUCGAAAAACCAUGCCGCUGAUUGUCUAAAAUUGAGCGGGGAUGUGAGGUUAUCCUUGUAGACCUUUGGGCCGUGUGGCCAUGUCAUACUGUUGAGAAUCUUUUGUAGAGGAGAUCGUAUAGUGCUAGAAGGCCAUUCUCUCCUUCCUCUUCUGCAAUGUUUAUAAUGAAGGUUUUCGGUUCAAAGGAAGAGUAAUCGUAAAACUAAAAAGAAUUGGCACUGAGCUGUCGUUGAGGAACUAUUUUUUCGAUGGUUUUUGUCAUUCAGAUUGUUAGAAAAUCCCAGAAAAGGAAUUUAUAUGUGAUAACAUUGUUUUUUAAUUUGGCCGGACUAUGAUAGGUUGGAUCAGUUUUCCAUGAUUUUAUUCCCUAAUACGUGCCAAAAUCAGUUAAAUUUUUUUCUUAAUGAAAUGCGCGGUUCUGAGAGAAUCGAGUUGGGACAGCUUCAGAGUCAUUGUCCCCAAUCGAGAUGCAUUGAGUUACUCAAAAGACAGCUGAGUGCCAGCCCUCGGCGCACUUCUGAGAGAAUUGAGUUACUCGAGGCAUCUCAAGGUGGGGCGAUCUGACUCUGAAGCUGAGGCUCACUUGGUCAAUCCUACCCUGUAGAUGGAUAAAUAAAUCUAAAGAGAAUCAGCCUCCACACCAUCGUCCUGCCCAAUUAGCCAAAACGUCUAAAUGCUAAAUCCGUUGUGAAGUUCUUUCAUAAAUUUGGAGAACUAGUCCAAACAUUGUUGGUUCGGCAUAGCUUGAACCAUGUAUUCUACUAUUUACAGUAGUCCUCAUUUGUCAAGGUUAGGUUUGUAUCUUUCGAAAAUUACCAAAUGAAUCCUCAAGAAGUCACCAAAAUCUGUGGACCCUUUAAGAAAAGGCCUUGAUUAGUUUUGAUUUGGUGUAAAAUCGCAUAUGAUUUAAGCUGAAUGAGCCUACUUGGAGUAGCAAAAACUAGAGAGAAUGCAUCAAGGUAGCUUCUAUUGUCCAUGGAUGAAGAACAAUCUGAUCCCUCAUAGGGAAGUGCUAUGAUCGGGUCAUUGGAAACAACACCUUCACAUCCAACUUUCACUCUCACCGAGAUUUUUAUCCUUCCAAAGCUGCAAUUCUCAGCCCGAAAAAAUAAUAUUAUGUCAAUAAAUCAUUUCUUGUUCUAAACGGAUCACCUUCAUUCUAUUUUGUUGUGAGAUUGCAUAAGAUGAGCCCCGAUAAUGGACAACCAAUUCUGAGGUACUUGUAUAUUUUGGAACUGAAAUUUCUUGAACGAAAUUCAAGUUUUUAAGUGUCAUUUCUCAAAUAGCAAGCUCAGUACGAUUGGGUCUUCGUUUCUUAUGAUAACUCUAAUUGCAUUGUUUCCCACCAAGUCAUCCCCAGGUCUAGAUUUUAAAUAUGAUGGUUCAGUACUUCCCAAAUCUCCCCCUCACUAGUAAAUGCAGAUCUUAUGUAGUAAAAUUUAACGAGGAAUGUUGUCUCUCCAUAACCAAGCUUUACAUCCUCUUGAACUAUAUCCAUACUAGUUUUCAAACUAGAUAAUAGAUCAUGUCCGAAAACUAAUCGAUGUAUUACUCUUGGAUAGGAACCAGCUAUAUGACAUGUCAAUUCCUAAAAUUAUCUCAUUUCAACAGUAGAGAACCCACUGUGUAGAUCCAUAAUGUGUUGUCCCCGCUGUCUAUUCAUCGCUUAUCUAGCUCUGCCUUGAAGUUAGGCGCUACUUCGUCGGGUAACCUAAAGCCAUUCGAAUGAUUGCAUAUCUAGAUAAUUGUGACCAAGAAAUAUGGUGUAAGUCAUUCACUUUGGCUAAUGACCGAGAAUCUUCUCUCUCUCUCUCUCUCUCUCUCUCUCUCUCUCUCUCUCUCUCUCUCUCUCUCUCUCUCUCUCUCUCUCUCUCUCUCUCCCUCCUCUCUCUCUCCCUCUCUUACUCUCCUAUAACAUGAAGGAGGCAUGUAUCUAGUUGAUAAGAUCCCCCCCCCUGGUGUGCUCCCAAGACCACACGAAUUUCGUCUCAUUUGUGUCCCUCUUUGAGCAUGUUGUAAGACUACGCUCUUCCCUUAAAUCAGGCACAGGGCACUAACACCCUGCCUUAGUGAUCUUGAGUUCAAAGCAGACCAUUUAUGAAUGAGACCAUUGAUGAGCAGCUACCAUUUGAAACUUCUGCAUGCUCAUUCUGUGUCCAUUGCAAUUUUACCUGCAACUCGUCGGCCUGUAAAUUCUUCUGUCCUACCCAUUCUUUCUAGGGUUUUGAGUGUGGCAGUGUUCAUGUAGGUUAUGUUAGGCCUAGCCACCAUGGGUGGGCACCUUCAUGCUUUCUGGCUCUGUCUAUGGGUACCAUCACCAUUGAUGUAGAUAGGAUCUCUGAGAUCUCACAGGGCAGAAGUGACAGUAAAGGAUGGCACUUACAGCUGUGCCUCAGACUUUUCUUUCUUUAAUGCUUGAUCUUAUUAUAUUUAGAUCCAUAUUAAUAAAUGCAACAUUAAGUUUUUGUUUUCUGGUUCACAUAUAUUUUAUGUUAUAUAUAUAUAUAUAUAUAUAUAUAUAUAUAUAUAUCUUUCUUGUGAAAAAAUAAUAUCUUCAGGUUAAUGGGUUUAGAGCUAAAUAAAGCAAUCACUUACCCCUUUGAACUGGAUGACAGGAGGCCGGCAUCAAUGGGCUCAACAGCAAAACCCACAUGAAGCUGCUGCUGAAAUGGAUGAGGGGAAGGGAGAUGCUCAAGCUCUUCUGCACCCACGCCGGUUCCAGUAAGAAAUUCCUUCACUCUACCUUGCCCGAGGAUCCUCAGGCGGCCCAGACAGAGAAAGCCCCAUCGACGCCCGAGACCCCAAACCCCUCUAGGAAGAAGACCCGGCAGGCCAAACGAUCCACUCUGGGGAACUAG